GGAAAUCCGACGGGCUCCUCCCGGCCGCCGCCUCCUACUGCCUUCGCUCGUCUGCCCGCGCCGGUCCGCUGACAUGGAGGAGGACAACGCGGCCGAAGAGCAGCAGCGAUUCUCCUACCGACAGAGGCUCAAAGCAGCCGUUCACUACAAUGUGGGGUGUCUUUGCGAGGAAGUUGCGUCGGACAAAGAGAUUCAGUUCAUCAAACAAACCAUCGCAGCGAUCUCGGAGGUGACUUUCCGACAGUGCGGUACGAAGCCAUGGCCUUCCUCUAGCUGUGUAGACAUCCCGGAAGUUGCCUGGGAGAGCCGUGCGGAAAAUUUUGCCAAAGACCUUGAGAUGUUUGCAAGACACGCGAAAAGAAGCACAAUUAACACGGAAGAUGUGAAGCUCUUAGCCAGGAGGAGUAAUUCACUGCUAAAAUACAUCACAGAGAAAAACGAAGAGCUCACUCAGUUUAACUCAGAACAAAGAGCAAAAAAGAAGAAGAAGUUAGAGGGAGAAAACAAGAAACCAGUGGAGCCAGCAGAGGCCGGAGCAGCAGGAAGGGACAGUUCGACUCUGUAGCCACCACGGGCAAAGGCAGGCGGCCUUCAGCGGGGAGGGUUGCCAAGAGCCGACGUUGCCACAGAAGGAUUUUCCAGGGGAUCAGCAGAGAUUUAAACAAAAGGCUAAGAGGCUUGCCGUGCUGCGUUCUCAGAAUCACUGGCUGCCGGAGCUGGUGUCAGAGAGACUCUCCAGCAGGAUACUCCUUCUCCAGCCCCCGCUAACGGCAUGGUUUGAGUGGCAAAGAUUGGAAAUUCUAUCUCUUGCUAAUAAAAUUGUGUCAGCAGUUUAAA